UGAAAACGAAUUGCAAAGAAGUCUGAUAGUAUCUCGUAGUCAAAAGAAAAAAAUAUGUUUUGUAGCAAAUGGACCAGUUAGUUCUGUAACGCUUGGAUGUAAGCAAAUGACAUCAUUCAUUUAUGAUAUUUUGUGCACUUAUACUUUGAGUGCAUCAGCUGUAUAUAUGAUAUAGUUAAUGUGUAAUGAUGUCAGGGCUUGAUGCUCUGGGUAUCCCGGGUGGUGAGGCUCUGAGAGAGGCUCUCACAAACUGUUCCGACCCCCUCGGAGCCAUUGAGGAGUUUCAGAGUGAAAAUGGUGUGCUCCUUCCAUCCCUAAGACCGGCUCUACCAUUCUUGGAUCUUCAUGGAGUACGACGUCUGGAGUUUCAUGAAUCCAUCUUGGAGGAGCUUCGAGAUAAACUAGUCAAUGGAAUAUCUGAUUUAGCAAACAGUAACAGGGAGGACAAGAUCAAGAAGCUGGAGGAGUUGUUGGUUAAGAGUUUUCCUGUCAUCAAGGUCAAGACUGUCAGACCUGUUGUGAUGACCAUCCUGAAACAUCUGCCUCAGAUCAAAGAGGAAUACCUGACCCAGAUCCUGGAUGACAAGGAGCUAUACACAGAGGCAGCCACGGAGGUCAAGCGACAGAUAUGGCAGGACAACCAGGCUCUGUUUGGGGAUGAAGUCUCGCCUCUGUUGCAGCAGUAUAUUGCCGAAAAAGAAAACUCUUUGUUGAGUCACGAAAACAGUACAUUAUCGUUCUUUCUACCCAUGCCAAAAAUAAGACGUCAGUCGGAGGUUGUUCAAAAACUGGUCCAUAUGAUUGGUAAAAAUGUCAAACUUUAUGAUAUGGUGUUACAGUUUUUACGAACCUUGUUUCUGAGGACACGAAACACACAUUACUGCACAUUACGGGCAGAGUUGUUGAUGGCUAUCCAUGACCUGGAGGUGAAUGAGAUCUGUUCCGUGGAUCCGUGCCACAAGUUCACCUGGUGUGUGGAUGCGUGUAUUCGAGAGAGGAUUGUCAACACAAACAGGUCCCGGGAGCUGCAGGGUUUCUUGGAUGGGAUAAAGAAAGGGCAAGAAUUUGUACUGGGCGACCUAUCCAUGAUCUUAUGUGAUCCAUACGCCCUCAACACCAUCGCUCAGUCGGCCAUGAAGGUUCUCCUGUACUGUGUCAGCUCGGAAACACUACCACGGGAGAACCAUGACCUGCAGCUGCUUGUACGGAUGAUUGCUCUCGGGCUCGGAGCGUGGAAUAUGAUUGACAACCAGGUCUUCAGAGAACCAAAACAGGAAUCACAGCUGUUCACUAAGUUCAUCCCCUGCAUCGUGGGGAUGGUGGUAGACGAUCAGAUCCGGGCCGUCUGCACCAAGCUGGAGGAGGGGUCGUCAGGGAUACGGCCGCCGUCCGAGCUGUACUCCAUCUGUAUCAAGCUGAGUCCUAUCGCCAGCCUGUUUGCCAUGUACUACACCCUCCACGUGGCUCGAUACAAGGACCGGGUCGCCGUCACGCAGAUCCUCCCCACUCUUAUACACUGCGAGAACGACCGGGCGUACGACGACAUCUUCCUUCACUCACUCAUCUCCCAUCUCCUACACAUGGUCGACGACUUCGCCAGUGACGAGUUCUGUUCGGCUGUUUUCGACGACUUCCUUCUGGUUGGUUUGUCCAAGGAGAAUGUGCUCCGUCACAUGCUACGUCUGUUGUGGCACAUACAUCAUCGACUACCGCAGACCAGACUGGAGAACCUGAUGGAGACAGUGCACCCCAACAAUGAGCUGAGUGAAGCUGUGCGGACAACCUACCAGCAGUUGAGUGAGAAGAUCAACACGUACAGCCCGAGUCCGGUAGCCCAGCCCGAGAAGCUCGACUCCCCUCUCAUGAGUGUACCCGCUCCUACGCCGGCAGCCCCCGAUAGGAUCUAAGGUGGCUUCCGUCUUUGAUUGCAGCCUUUGAAAUUCUAUGACCUCUUGCCCGAGACUACCAAAUUGUGCCAAGGACAAGUAGAACUCCAAUGAUGGUAGUUUUCAUUGACUACUAGCCCUUGGGGAUGAUAGUUCUAAACCAGUUCUAAUGCUUACUUACAGAAAAUGCAAAUAUUUAACUUUCUUGUUCAAGCAGGACUAGCGACAAAUUCUGAGGACUACUGUAAUCAGGUUGAGACUCGUCCUCUGGACAAGUUCUGGACUUAAGCGCUGCCAUAUUUCUAGGGCUGUGAAUUCAAGUGUCUUCCCGACUGACUGGAUGCUGGGACAUUGUCAUGUGUGUGGUGAACGAUGCUCGUAUACCAGCUCUAACCACCUACUUCUACCAAUUCAUGUCAUUGAAAAUAUCAUUUGAAUCUGAUUUGUGAUGAUGUAAAAUAUCUGAAUAAUAAUAAUCAUGAACUAA